AGAGACAAGCCUAGAGAAAGAGAGGAAGAGAAAACAUGGACGGUGAUGAUUCGUUCAAGAGACCCGGAUCUGUACCGUUCAAAUGGGAGAUCCAACCAGGAAUUCCCAAAGAGGCCCAUCAAAAUCCCAUAUCCCACCAAAAGCCACACAAGCUCAGACCACCUCCUGCAGGCAUCUCCUUCUAUCCACCAGAUCAAGGGUCCCUCUUCAUCCGUGUCCCAGCUCGAUCCAAGUCGUCGGAACGCAGGCGUCCCCGCAAAUCCGGGCCGAUCAACUCUCCCAGCAUCGUGUCCGUUGGUUGCUUCCCAACGUCGUCGCCGAUCCGAAAGUUCGAGAAGAAAACCACUUGCCGCGAAACCACGGACCGUGUGAUCGGUGAGAUCGACGUCUCUAAUCUCCAAACACUGUCACGUUGGACUUCUUCGCCGCGCAAGUCGCUGUCGCUGUUCCACGGAUCUCCUUCUCCGGCUACUUCUUUCCGAUCACCGCCGGCCACUUCUUUCCGAUCACCGCCAUUGCGGGCCCCACGGGACGAUGUCGAGUGGGCCGCCUAUGGGCUGUUUUAGAAUCCAUGGAUGGCUGAGAUUUACUUUACACCUAUGGUUUGCUGUAUAUUGGAGAGUCUUCAUCAGAGAUUCACCUACAACCGGUUGUACGGUACAACCCAUUUUUCUAUGGCUUUAGAAAAUGAGCUUAUGUUAACCAACGACCGGUUGUAGGUGAUCUCAGUUUUCAAACUUUAGGAUUAUAUUAGUAUAUUAGGAAAAGGAUCUUUACACGCAGCUGUAUGGGAGGCUGAGAAUACAACUAAUUGCUUUGGACACGUGGGGGCCAUCCAAAAAUCGAUCUGGACUGUUCAUUCGUUCUGGCCACCACUUGUUAGGUGACGAUUCUUAAAUCGCACUGAUCAGACGCUCCUACCCAUCUGAUCAAGAGCUUGGAGAAAAUAGACGGUUGAGAUCAAUUGGAGGAAAAAUAGGUUCAGAUCAGUUUGAAGCAUCUAUUCAAUGUGGCCCACUUUGGAUUUGUUGUGAUUCUGAAGAAAUGGUUUGGCGAGUGAUGUAAAUCAUUCUAUCUGCAAAAUGGAUGGUUAUGAUGAAACUGAGGGCAGGAUCAUCCGAUUGUGGAAUGGAAUGAAUGGACUGUCCAUCGCGAUGAUUGGGCUGUCCCAUGUGCACAAAGCAAAUGGUUGUAUUAUAACCCUACGAUAUUGUAUAAGUUCACAUAUUUAUACAUACAUGAACCAGUUUCUACUUUCCUGGACUUACCUCUGAGAUGUAUAGGUGAAUGUGGACCCUUGAUGAGAAAGUUUUGAACGGUUGUCAUUCAAUUCUACAUCCCAAAAUCAGCUCCAGAUUUUCAGCAA